AUGUCAAAUGAAAUUAAAAUUAAACAAAAGGAAAAGCAGAAAUCAAAAAACACCAAGAAAAAGCAACAACAAAUUAGUAAGAAACAAGAGACGAAAAAGAUUCGUAAAAUAAGUGAAAAGUAUUUGAAGGAAGAUAUUCAAAUUGAAAAUAUAUUGAAAGUUAAAAAUCUCAAUGACGAUGAUGAGUAUGCUCGAAAUAAACAAGAUGAAAUUGACUUUUUUUGUGAUCCAUUUUCAUCGAUUCCUUUGUAUGUAGAGAAGUUACAUAAGGAUGAAAAGGUUGAUGAUGAGAAUGAGACUGAAAAGGAAGACGAGGAAAUUUCUCAUGAAUCAGAUGAGCAACAUUCAAAUAAUUCCUCACCAAACACACAUAUGGCUUCAACUUAUAUUGGACAGGAUUGUGAAACAGUUGUUGAAAAAUUCGAAUUAAAAAGAAUUUCAUUUGAUGAAUUUGAGUUACUUUUUUAUCCUAAGCCCAAGUCAAUUUCCUUAGAUAAAGCUAAUGAUGAAGAAAAAAAUAUAUCCUGUGCUGAAGAAGAUGAAGAUGGAAUUUUCUCAAACGAUCCACCAAAAAUUAAACGGAAUUCUAAUAUGCUCUUAUUACUAGAUCGACUAAACGAAAGCAAUGCAACAGAAUUAUUUAAUAGAAAAGGUGAACUAAAGAGCUUUGAAAAAAUAAUAGAUGAUGAUAUUUAUCGAUUGCGAUGUGACAGAAUAUUCACACCAAUUUAUGUUCCACCAACACAGAUGACUUUUGAACCAAUUGAAAAAGUCAUUACUGAGAAAAAGUUUUUAAAAAUCUUUAUAACAAACUUAAUAUUUGAGCAACAUAAAAAAUUCACAAAUGAGCACUUUGCUGAGAAAAUUGUCGAGAAAAUUUUUAGUGAAUAUGAAAGACGACAAAAAUUCAAUGUUGUUGGAACUUUGAGAACAAAAUUAAAAAAACUUCGAGAAGCGAAAGAAGAAAGUUUAAACAGAUCAAAAGUUGAUGAAGUUUCAAUCAUCCAGCAGAUUAAUGUUGUUCGAAACAAGCUACAUGCUGAAGAGCUUUAUGACCAGAAAAUUCUUAAAAGUCUUUUAGAAAAUUGGAAGCACCUGAAAGAUAUUCGAGCACAACAAAAAUACGCACUUACCAAUACAAUAAUUAAAAUUCAUAAAAAGGAUGUUGAUAUUGAAGUUUUACAAACAGAACGACAACAGCAAUAUGACACGGAACUGAAUGAAAUGAUUAAUGAAGAAUUUGAAAAAUAUUACAUAGUAAAAAAAAGAUACAAAGAGCAAAUUAAAAACAUUAGUCAACCUGAUAAAAUAAUAGAUUCAAAAGAAAUUGUACAAAAACCUAAAAAGCCAGACAUUGAUAAGAUUGUGAGUCAAUUAAAUGAAAUCUAUGAUGAAAUUUCAACAAACAAUCCGAAACUUGAAAUCAUAUUAAUACAUAACGAUCAAGACAAGUCUAAAGAGAAAAUUAAGAAGCUUAGUAAAGUUUCUUAUAGCAUUGAAUUAGAAGUUGACGGUGAAGUUGUUGGAAGCACAAAAAGCUUUAAAUUAAAUGAACGUUUCUCAAUUGCAAUACAAUCUGCAUUUGUACUAAAGCUCACAAAACAUAUACCAGAGAAAUUAAAACUGAUUAUUAUGGAGACGAAAUCUUCAAUAAGAAAAGUAACAGAAAUUCAUCUUCCGUUACCCGAAGAUGACGAGAAUUUCAAUGAAAUGGAAGUGAUAUAUUUCACAUUUUCAUCAAAGCAAUUACAAAGAAGAAACUCAAAUGUGAGAUUUUCAUCGUUUCGCAGAAAUAGCAGCAGAAGAUUAAUAAGCACAUCCGGAAACAUGGGUGUUAAAUUUGGAUGGAUAAAUAAGGACGAAGAGGUUCAAAGAGACUGCGUCAACGAUAUGAUAAUGCCAAAAAAGGUAGAGCAUCAUUGUGAUUCAAUUUCUCAAGAUGUGCUGCAUAGAUGGUUUGAUCAGAAACUAUUAAAUCCAUUAGAUCCUGAUGCACAGAAAUUAGUUCACUAUAUUGUUGAUAAUAAAAACGAAGAAGCUCAAACUAACGUAUCAAAAGGCACCUCAACAAUACCAGAAAAUGAUCUUUUUCGUAUUAAUGAAGAAGAAUUGGCAUUUAUAAGCGAGGAUGAAUUUAAUUCCAUUGAAAGAUUCAAUAUUUUAAAAGCAAGAUACCAAAAUGUCUUGAAUUAUAAAAACAAAAAGCUAAUUCCACAAUUAGAAAGAGAACUUGAAUUUGAUAAGGACAAAGAUACAAAUAUAAUUGAUGAAUCUUUAAUUGCUGAUCCAAUUGACCUACAAAGAUUUCGUGGUAGAAAGUAUUUACGCAAAGUUUACGAAAUUAUAACGAAUCAUUGUGAAAAUCUAAAUCGAGAUAAAAUGAACACAAAUAUCUUGAUUGGUGAUGAAUUUCCAACAUUUUCAUCAUUAUCGCUAGCCUUUUUUGAAAUGUUUGGUCCCAAACGUCCUCUCAAGCCGACACGCCGUGUCACAUCAUCACGUGCAUCUUGCAAAUUAAAUGAAGUUACAAAUUUCAAUAUUGUAGUAACCGUUGUACGUGCAACAAAUGUUCCUAUUCGUUGCGAGGAAACACAAACUUCCUCUCGAAAAAGCAGCACUUUAUCAAAUCAGGCAACAAGCAAAUUCACUCCAUUUAAGAAUUCUAGCGUACACCCUCACGUUUUCGUUGCUUUAUCGUUGAAAGAUCAUCAUCACACGUGUCGAACAUCAUCAUCUGAAGGAACGAAUCCAAUGUGGAACGAACAGUUAUCACUUCCAUUAAGUAUUGAUUCUAAUGAUGCAAAAAGAAGUCUUUCAAUAGAUUUAUAUGAUGAAGUUAUUGAAGAUCUAACAGAUAAUGUUGCUGAAGUAUAUCAAAGAAUUACUAGCAAGUGGUUAGGCACGUUGAAAAUACCCAUUAUAAAUAUUUGUACAAAUCAAAGGAUUGAAGGAACUUUCGAAAUUUCAAUUCCAUCCGUACUGGUUGGCUAUACAAAACCCAAAUUUUCACCUGCAGAUCAUCAAACUCCAAUUGUAAUCGAAAGCUUACCUGAUUUAUCAAAGAAAACACAUAUUAGUUUAUUUAUAAGCCUCGAACCGUCAGUGGAAAUACCACAAUUAAUAUCUUCAGGUCUUGAAUGCAUUGAAGUUAUUCACGUUGAACAGCACAUUAAAAUGUGGUUUGAGCAGCUUAAACUUGAAUUUCCAUUAAGAACUAAAAAAUGGAGUCCACUUGUAACACUUUUAAGCGGAAAGCGAGCAUGUAUAACUCGCUUACUUCAUCCUUUACCAUUUCCCUUUGAAAAAAAUGAUUCAACUGAACAAAUGAUUAGAAGAUUCGUAUCAUUGAUUCCAACACAACAUGAUGCUAGUACAACUCAUAGCAGCUGCACGAGUUUAAAUGGUGUUUGGCUUUCAAAUUAUCACAUUCUUGGAUUGAUGACAUCGUCAAACAAAGACCUUGGCGUAUUAUUAGCCUGUUUUUAUUUAGAACUAGGAUAUCCUGCAUGGCUCAUUCUUGGAUCUAGUACUACUUGCGGUGAAAGUUGCUUUGUUUUAAUCCGGGAAACAAAUGAGUUUUUUAUUAUAGAUCCAUCAAGUGGUCGGAAAUAUAAUAGUAAAGACAUUUACUGUCCCCUUAUAAAAUGCUACUGUCUCGUGAAUCAAUAUAAUGUCUGGGCCAAUAUUCAGAGGGAGCAACGUGUAUUUAUGACACAAUUUGAUAUAAAUAAAAGCUUUGAUUGGAGACCGUUAUUUCAGAAGGUUGUAGACAUUCCAAAUGGAACUAUUCAUGAUGGCAACUUUCACUAUGAAAGAUCGUUUGAAACGAAAGAUUUACAAAGAACAAUUCACGGAAAAAUUAUUAAAAAGAUUAAUUCAUGGAGGUCACAUCGAAAAACUGUAUGGAAUAGGUAUGUAAGUGAAAAUUUAAAACCGAUUUUGAUUAGAUUGGAAAACGAUAUCUGUUUAGAAAAUGAUUUAGAAGAUCAUUCAGAGAUACUUAAAACACUUUUUGCUAAUCAUAAGGUUAUUGGAUUUACAAUUAAUUCAAAGUACUCAAACCUGUCUUCGAUUGUAACUGAAAUAAAAAAUACCGGCAUACAUUUAAAUCUUGAUAACAAAGUUGAAUUUGCAUUAAAUGUAUACGUGAGAGAGUACGCAAAUAAUGUUUUAUCCGUAUGGAUAUUUUUGAUGUCUCUUAUACCAAAAACGUGA